UGCACUGCUGAUUGCUCCCGUUGCCUAGACGAUAACUUGCUCUCACUGAGGAUGUCUGGCUCUCGUAAAGAAUUUGACGUGAAGCAGAUUUUAAAACUCAGAUGGAGGUGGUUUGGUCACCAGCAGUCCCCCCCUAAUCCUAAUGUCGUUUGUGAACCAGGAGACUUCUGGGACAGAGGAUAUAACACAACUACUGGUGGGAUAAAGUUUUUAAACGCAAGCAGCCUACCACAGUCUUUUGCAUCACUUGGUUUCCAAAGGUCCAGCCAACAGGGUUUCCAGAAUUCCUUUUCUCGGCCAAUGGCAUCCAAAUCAGAAGUGCCUACAUUUGAGUUCACUACUGAGGACUUCAGGGAUGCGCACUUGCUUGAUGAACCAGAUGCUGCUGAUGGGAUCAGUGAAGAAGAAAAAGUAUCUAACAGCAUUGCAUGCAGAACUUCAAAUAGCAGAGAGACCGACCCACCGUGUCCUACAAUGGAGCCUUGUACAUCUGAUGAAUUUUUUCAAGCACUCAAUCAUGCCGAGCAAACUUUUAAAAAAAUGGAAAAUUACUUAAGACACAAGCAAUUGUGUGAUGUGGUUUUAGUGGCAGGUGAUCGACGGAUUCCAGCACACAGGUUGGUGCUGUCCUCUGUCUCAGAUUACUUUGCAGCCAUGUUUACAAAUGAUGUCCGAGAGGCAAGGCAAGAAGAAAUCAAAAUGGAAGGUGUGGAACCAAAUGCAUUAUGGGCUUUAGUGCAGUAUGCAUACACAGGUCGUCUUGAAUUAAAAGAAGAUAACAUUGAGUGCCUGUUAUCUACAGCUUGUAUUCUUCAGCUGUCUCAGGUUGUAGAAGCUUGCUGCAAGUUUUUAAUGAAGCAGCUUCACCCUUCAAAUUGCCUUGGAAUCCGCUCUUUUGCUGAUGCACAGGGUUGUACAGAUUUGCACAAAGUGGCUCACAAUUACACCAUGGAACACGUCAUGGAAGUCAUUAGAAACCAAGAAUUCCUGUUGUUACCAGCCACUGAAAUUGCAAAGCUUUUAGCUAGUGAUGACAUGAACAUUCCUAGCGAAGAGACUAUUCUCAAUGCAUUGCUUACUUGGGUGCGACAUGAUUUGGAACAACGAAAGAAGGAUCUCAGUAAACUCUUGGCAUACAUUAGACUACCAUUACUUGCACCACAGUUCUUAGCAGAUAUGGAAAACAAUGUACUCUUCAGAGAUGACAUUGAAUGUCAAAAACUCAUAAUGGAAGCAAUGAAAUACCACUUAUUGCCAGAGAGACGACCCAUGUUACAAAGCCCUCGUACAAAGCCUAGAAAAUCUACUGUUGGUGUACUGUUUGCAGUUGGAGGCAUGGAUGCAACUAAAGGAGCAACAAGCAUUGAAAAAUAUGAUCUCCGUACCAAUAUGUGGACCCCUGUAGCAAAUAUGAAUGGGAGAAGAUUACAGUUUGGAGUAGCAGUGUUAGAUGAUAAAUUAUAUGUUGUCGGGGGUAGAGAUGGACUGAAAACAUUGAAUACUGUGGAGUGUUAUAACCCCAAAACAAAAACUUGGAGUGUGAUGCCACCUAUGUCAACUCACCGGCAUGGGCUAGGCGUAGCAGUAUUAGAAGGUCCUAUGUAUGCUGUGGGAGGACAUGAUGGCUGGAGCUACCUGAAUACAGUAGAAAGGUGGGAUCCACAGGCCCGUCAGUGGAACUUUGUGGCUAGUAUGUCAACUCCAAGGAGUACAGUGGGUGUAGCAGUAUUAAGUGGAAAGCUAUAUGCAGUUGGUGGCCGAGAUGGAAGUUCUUGUCUGAAGUCCCUAGAAUGCUUUGACCCUCAUACUAACAAGUGGACUCUCUGUGCUCAAAUGGCAAAACGAAGAGGGGGUGUGGGAGUAACGACCUGGAAUGGGUUCCUGUAUGCUAUUGGGGGUCAUGAUGCGCCAGCUUCCAAUUUGACAUCGAGGCUGUCUGACUGUGUAGAAAGAUACGAUCCCAAAACAGAUAUGUGGACUGCUGUUGCAUCAAUGAGCAUCAGUAGAGAUGCUGUGGGAGUCUGCCUUCUUGGAGAUAAACUGUAUGCUGUUGGAGGAUAUGAUGGACAAGCCUACCUUAACACAGUAGAAUCUUACGAUCCUCAGACCAAUGAGUGGACGCAGGUUGCACCACUGUGCCUCGGAAGAGCUGGGGCUUGUGUUGUGACUGUAAAACUCUAGUUGUGGGAUAAUUGUCUCUUCUGUAGACUCUUUGGGGAUUUCACAUCAAAUUAUUAAAACAUAAUCAAAUAAGGUACUGUGUAUCUUCACAGGGCAAAGAGACUGGUCUUAAAUCUAUUUGUCUAAAAGUUUUUUUUAAGGACCAAUAUUAUGCACUUUUAAAAACGAGUAAUGCAGUUUAUGUACAUGUACUGUAUAUGUAUUUGUAAUGGAAUAUACUAGAUAGGUGGCAUGUUUGAAGUACAGAAAUCGGAAAAAAAUGGCACUAAUUUUGAUUGUUGUUCUAGAGGCACUGAAAGGAAUUUUUGUUGUUGUUGUUGUUGUUUGGCCUCUAUCCACAGAUUUGCAACUUUAUCUCUGUGCUUUUGGCAAGAUGCAAGAGGUAGUCUUGCUUUGUUCCAAAUGUUUUUGAUUGUCUGAUUUUUUUUUUAUUUUUACAUGGUACAACAAACCAAAUGCAAAGGAAGUAUCAAGUGGACGACUUGUCUGGAAAAUACUGUACAUUUGAUGCCUACACUUUUUCAGAUAGCUUUUGCAUUCUUUUCUGUUUAACUGAAGCCUUAUUUUAAUUAUUGUCUUAUGCUUGGAAAUACGUUACAGAGUAUAUUUUUCAUGAACUUUGUGCCACUGAGUACCCCUUAUUUUUAUGAAAUUUUAUGUAGCCUAGAAAUAAUCCUGCAUAACUUUCUGAACUUGGAUUGUCACUUUACGGGAUCACUUCCUCAAAGACGUUGCAGUGAAAGAGAGGCUGGGGAAGCUGAUUAAAAGUGACUCUCGUGUAUUACUCCGAAGCAUUCCAUGGUUUAAAACUGUGGCUAACUUCAGUUGACCCUGAAUGAGAGACUUCCACAGAUCUUAUAUAGGCAUUGAUAUAGUGUUACUCUAUCAAAAAAAAAUGGGUGUGACCCUACAUACAUUUGAGAUCUUCAGUUACUUUCCAGAAGAAAGACUAGUAGAUUUUUCCAAGGAUCAAAUUUCUGUAGCUAAAUUAUUUCAUAUUGUAAUGUUGUUUUUCUUUGGAAUUUGCCUAAUGUUGGUAUUUUACACUACUGUGAAAUAUUUGGAUGUUCCAACUUGCUCUCAGAUUUUUAUAUUUUCUUUUGUGCCUUGCUUCAUAUGUUUUCAAGUAUAGUAUGUAAUCUGAAGUUGUAGACUCAAGCAGAUUUUCUGAAAGUAAAUGGAAGGUAUCUAAUAAGCCUUUGCACAUCCAGUUCUGAACUUUAAAGUUUGCCAUUUCUAUUAGUUUAAAAGAAGAGUUCCAGCAUAUAAGUCUGGUUUAUAAUUGUUUCUGUUUACAUAUGAUUUUAUGAUUCCUUGCUGAAACUGCAAUGCAAAAAAAAAAAGGAAGUUAUUUUCUAGCUUUAAAAAAAAAGAACAAAGUUGUAUUGUACUGAAACAUCCAUUUUCCCAUCUUUCUUGAUCACAAUUUGGCAAAUAAUAGCUAAUAUUCUAUAUGCAUAGAAACAUUUCCGGGCUAAUGGAAAGGUCCAAAGCAUAAUAAAAGAUGAGGUAAACUGUCUGAAAGAGAUCUCCCAAAUCUGAUAUCAUUUACUUACUUUGAGUUUUUCUCUGUUAGAAUGCUUAUCAUUUUAUUGUAAGGCAGCCAUCACAAAACAUUAAAUCUUUUGAUAAUAAAAACAUUUAAAUGUU